AUGCCCGUCGUUGCAGGUCCUCCCCAAGCUGGCCCCUCAACUUUUGACAAGAUGAAGAUGGGUGCCAUGAUGGGUUCAACUGUCGGUGGUAUCAUGGGUUUCAUUAUCGGGACCGUGACCAUUUUCCAGUACGGUGCCGGCCCUAACGGUGUUAUGCGGACCCUGGGCAAGUUUAUGCUUGGAUCUGGAGCGACUUUCGGUCUCUUCAUGUCCAUCGGUAGCGUCAUCCGUACCGAUGGCCCUCACAACGAUGCCUGGCUCCGGGCUCGUGGCCCCCCGAUGAUGCUCCCCAGACAGAGCGCUUUUCGCCCCGUGCGCCAAUAA